AUGUCAAUGUCACAUUUGUAUGGACGGAGGGGGCCAGAGGAGGAAGGCGUAGAUAUCGAAAAAUUUGAGAUCACUGAUUGGGAUUUGGCCAAUGAGUUCAACCCAGACCGCCGCAGACACAGGCAGACCAAGGAGCAAAUGACUUACGGCAUCUGGGCUGAAGGGGACUCUGAUGAGGAUGAAAGACCCAGCUUUGCAGGCAAACGAGCCAAAGACUACACUGCUCCAGUGAAUUUUGUGAGUGCAGGAUUAAGAAAAACUGCAGCUGACGAGAAACAGCAAAGGGAUGAAGAGGAAGGCUCCGAUAAUUCCGAUGAUGAUAGUCCUGCGGCACCUCCGCCUCCUCGAGUGCCAACUACAAAAAAGCUUCAGAAAUCUCAAAGGUUUGCAGGGGGUAUACAGUCGGGACAAGGAAUUGGUUCCUGGGAGAAACACACCAAGGGAAUCGGACAGAAACUGCUGCAGAAAAUGGGCUAUCAACCUGGCAGAGGCUUGGGCAAAAAUGCACAAGGUAUUAUCAAUCCUAUCGAGGCGAAGGUUCGUAAAGGAAAGGGUGCUGUGGGUGCUUACGGCAAUGAACGAACCCAACAGAGUAUUCAAGAUUUUCCUGUGGUUGACUCUGAUGAAGAGGAGGAAAAGGAGUUUCAGAAGGAACUUGGUCAGUGGCGUAAAGAUCCGUCUGCCACUGGUGUGAGGAAGAAACCAAAGUACUCUUACAAAACUGUAGAGGAAUUGAAGGCUAAAGGCAAAAUUUCUGGGCGCAGCACUGGAGUAUCUGCUGGAGAGCUGGCACAAGUCAAGGUCAUUGAUAUGACUGGAAGAGAGCAAAGGGUAUAUUCCAGUUACAGUCAGAUGUCCAACAAGCACAGCAUGCCAGAAGAUGGUCCACCGAGUACAUCCGAUCAGAAGGGAUCCGGCUUUGCGCUUCCUGAACUUGAACAUAAUCUUCAACUUUUGAUUGAUCUUACGGAACAAGACAUAUUACAGUCGGCCCGCCGUCUCCAGCAUGAAAAAGAUGUCGUUGUGUCGCUGAGCCAUGAGUCCCAUGCGCUACAGAGCAGACUGGAAGAAGAGCAAGAUGCCAUUAGUAGAAUGGAAGCCGUGCUGGCUUUGGUGGAGCGUUUCCCGUCUGAAGAGAUGGCACCAGGCGAGGGACCUACUUUGCAGGAGUGCGCCCGCAUAUUUGAGACUUUACAGACAGACUAUUAUGAGGAAUACAAGACGAUGGGUUUGGCUGACUUGGCGGUAGCUGUUGUUCAUCCAUUACUCAAAGAAAAAAUUUUCUCCUGGGAUCCAUUGAAGGAUGCUUCUUAUUGCCUUGAAGAAGUGGGUAAGUGGAGAGCAAUUCUCGAAUCCAGAAACCUUCUCACCGGUGGGCAAGAGUCAAACAUGGACCCUUACCACAGGCUGCUAUGGGAAGUUUGGAUCCCAGUGAUGCGGUCCUGUGUGUCUCGCUGGCAGCCACGCAUGGUCGGGCCAAUGGUGGACUGUCUUGAAUUGUGGUCUCCUCUUCUUCCACCUUGGAUCUCUAGUCACCUCCUCGAGCAGCUUAUUUUACCUCGGCUGCAGCGAGAGGUAGAUACUUGGAACCCCUUAACAGACACUGUGCCCAUUCACUCAUGGAUCCACCCUUGGCUACCUUUGCUCCAAACACGUCUUGAGCCGCUAUACGCACCCAUCAGGAGCAAAUUGGCUAACGCUUUGCAACGGUGGCACCCCAGUGAUGCUUCAGCACGCCUCAUCUUACAACCGUGGAAAGAUGUUUUUAGCCCUGGUGCAUGGGAGGCAUUUAUGGUGAAAAACAUCAUCCCUAAACUGGCUCUGUGUCUGGAAGAGCUGGUUAUCAAUCCUCACCAGCAGCAGAUGGAGCCCUUUCACUGGGUGAUAGACUGGGAGGGCAUGCUGUCCUCAUCUAGUCUAGUUUCACUGCUGGACAAAAACUUCUUUCCGAAAUGGCUGCAAGUCCUCUGUUCAUGGUUGAGCAACAGUCCUAAUUACGAGGAAAUCACCAAAUGGUACCUCGGUUGGAAGACCAUGUUCAGUGAUGUCUUGUUGUCGCAGACACUCAUAAAAGACAAGUUCAACGAAGCGCUGGACAUCAUGAACCGUGCAGUAUCUUCAGGAAUAGGUGGAUAUAUGCAACCCGGGGCAAGAGAGAACAUUGCGUAUCUCACUCAGACAGAAAGAAGAAAGGACUUUCACUAUGAGGCCAUGCAAGAGCGCAGGGAUGCUGAGAGUGUCGCUCACAGGGCUGCCACUACCAGCGUACCUACGAACUUUAAAGAUCUCAUCCAGACUAAGGCAGAGGAGAACAACAUUGUGUUUAUGCCCAUAGUAGCUAAACGCCAUGAGGGUAAACAGCUGUACACAUUUGGGCGUAUUGUCAUCUACAUAGACAGGGGUGUUGUAUUCGUGCAAGGAGAAAAGACGUGGGUUCCCACAUCUCUGCAGAGUCUAAUAGAUAUGGCUAAGUGA